AUGACAAAGGAUUCACCGGAAGUUAUCAAGAAUGGAGUUGAGUAUAGUCAAGUUCAUGAAGAUGAGGCUCCCAUUUUAUCCCAUACUGAGGAUGAAGAUGAAGAUGAUGAAGAUGAUGAAGAUAAUCAAGAUCAAAGCAUAUUUGGAGGUCUUCCACCUCAAGGCCAUCAGAAUGUAAUUACUGAUACUGCUACACAAGAAAGAAUCAUCAUUCCCGAUGAGCAUCCUGAACAAUUCCCUGCUGAUGAGGAUUUAGCUGCUGAAUAUGAAGAUGAUACUACUUAUAUUGAUUUAAUUCAUUUAAAGAUUAGUACUUUAGAAGCAUUGAAUUUAUCAAGGUUUACUAAAUUGGAAUCAUUAUGUUUAAGACAGAAUCUUUUAACUUCGAUGGUUGGUGUUGGUGAUUUACCAGGUGAAACCAUGGAAGAAUUGGAUUUAUAUGAUAAUAGAAUCAAUCAUAUUUCAAGUAAUAUUAAACAUUUAACUAAACUUACUAAUCUUGAUUUAUCAUUUAAUAAUAUUAAAAACAUUAAGAAUCUUGAAACUUUAACAGAAUUAGAGAAUCUUUAUUUUGUUCAGAAUAAGAUCAAAGAAAUUAAGAAUUUAGAAACAUUAACCAAGAUAAAGAAUUUAGAAUUAGGAGGAAAUAAAAUCAGUAUAAUAUCAGAGAAUCUUAAUACGUUAGUAAAUCUUGAACAAUUAUGGUUAGGAAAGAAUAGAAUUGAAAAAUUUGAGAAUAUGACGAAUUUAGUUAAUUUAAGAGUACUUUCUAUCCAAUCCAAUAGAAUCACAAAGAUUGAAGGUUUAGAUAAGUUAGUUAAUCUUGAAGAACUUUAUUUAUCUCAUAAUGGAAUUGAAAAGAUUGAAAAUUUAGAUCAUAAUACGAAAUUAACUACCUUAGAUAUCACAUCUAAUAGAAUAACAAAAUUAGAGAAUUUAAAACAUUUAACGAACUUAACUGAUUUUUGGUGCUCUUAUAAUAGAAUUUCUAAUUUUGAAGAACUUGGAAAUGAAUUAGGGAAACUUCCUGAAUUAGAUACUGUUUAUUUUGAAGGUAAUCCAAUUCAACUUCAAAAUCCUACUGCUUAUAGAAGAAAAGUAAAAUUAUAUUUAGGUCCAAGUUUAGCUAAGAUUGAUGCCACGUAUAUUCGUAGUUAG